AUGAAUGGAGUUCAUACCAGAUCACAAACCUCAAUACUUGAUAAUGUAUUUAGAGCAAACUUGAUAAAUGGAGAAUGGAAUCAUCCUGGUAUAAAGGUUGCACCAAGCCCUUUGCCAGAGGGAGGAGUUGGUUGCUUUGCAACAAAGUCAUAUGCGACUGGUGACCUACUAUUCAAAGCGAACUCAUUCGCAUCUGCAGUGGACAAUCCCUUGGUCGGCUACGUCUGCGAUUACUGUUUAAAGUACGACUACUCCAAUCACAAGAUUGAUCGUUGUGCAGGCUGCCACUUUGUAUACUAUUGCUCACGACAAUGUCAGAUCGCUGCAUGGGAGGACCUGCACAAGUACGAGUGUCCACUAUACAAGGUGUUUAAAAGCACAUCACAAGAACCAAUACCCAGGACUGCGUCUCUCUUUGUCAGAUUGCUAAUCCGAACGAAGCUUCAACGUGACAACCUUUGCACGCCAGAGAGCAAGAGCAUCUUUGGCUCAUACUUGAUAUUUGAGCAACUCCUAUCACACAUCAACAAGAUGAAUGGGGAUCAAAGAUUUAGAUAUACCAUGCUCUCUAGUAUUACAGCAUCCAUUCUCACGAAGCAGCCCAUGAAGAAUGUUACCAACGACCAAACAAUCAAUGUCCUUGAUUACUUGAGCAAGGGAUUGACAAAUGGAUUUCAUGUGGAUGAUGAUCAAGUACUAAAGGCCGCCGUGAUAUAUCCAUAUCUAUCUUUACUAAACCACUCAUGUCGUCCAAAUGCUAUCCAGUUGUUCACAGACAACUCGUGCCAGUUGAGAGCUUUGCGACCUAUUGAGCAAGGAGAGGAGAUACUCAUUCACUACCAUAUGCAAGGUCAAGAACACAAUCAGUUGCGCCAACAGUUGAAGGAGAACAGCUACUUCAAUUGCCAAUGUGUUGUGUGCCAGGACUUUGUCAACAACCAUCGUUUGGGCAAGUUUUACAAGUGCAACGCCUGUCCAGAUGGCCGCGUCGAGGUCCAAGAGACCAAGGGUGGCACCACCAAGGUGUACUGCAUGUCGUGCAAUAAGAAGAUCAGUGGUGGUGAAUACAAGAAGUUCAAGCUAAUGGAGAAGAAGGCCGAGCGUCUUGACCUGGAGCUGGAUGAUGUGCCAAGAGGUGCAAAGUUGGUAGAGAAGCUCAAGGAGAUGAUGCCAGCGUUGGAGUAUCUUCAUUGUGGACACCCGGUCUACUAUGAUCUCCAGAUCACUCUAUUGAGAGGCAAUCCAUCAGACAACAUGGCCUUUUUCUGCCAGUAUCCAUUCUUGGUACCAGUACUGGCACUAUCCCGACAGCACUUCCUCUAUCACCUGGGACCAGAUCAACCUCCUACUUUAGUUACAGACUUGUGCGCGAUUGGACAAAAGGAGAAAGGUGAAGAGAUGAUCGCAGAGGCCAGAACCAACCUUGAGAGCUUUGACUACUUCCCUCCUCAAACACAAAGGACAUGA